AUGAUCGUGUCCAACGUGAGCCUGAGCGGCGGCUGCGCGGGACUCAACAGCGCUCUGUGCGCCGGAGCCGCGGAGGGGCACCCGGGCGGCGGCUCGUACCGGACCACCCUCACCCCGACGGGGAACUUGGUGGUGGCCGUGUGCCUGGGCUUCAUCGGCACUCUGGGACUCCUGAACAACCUGCUGGUGCUCGUGCUCUUCUACCGCUACAAGAUUCUGCGCUCGCCCAUCAACCUGCUCCUGAUUAACAUUUCCAUCAGCGACCUGCUGGUGUGCGUACUGGGGACUCCGUUCAGCUUCGCGGCCAGUACGCAGGGACGGUGGCUCAUAGGAGAAGGGGGAUGCGUCUGGUACGGCUUCGCCAACUCGCUCUUCGGUAUCGUGUCCCUCAUCUCCCUGGCCAUCCUCUCCUAUGAGCGCUACAGCACCAUGAUGGUCCCAACUGAGGCGGACUCCUCCAACUACCAGAAGAUCUCACUGGGCAUCACCCUGUCCUGGGUCUACUCCCUCAUCUGGACCGUGCCACCACUCCUAGGUUGGAGCAAAUACGGCCCUGAAGGUCCCGGGACCACCUGCUCUGUUGACUGGAAAGCCAAGACAACGAAUAACAUCUCUUACAUCAUCUGCCUGUUUGUAUUCUGCCUCAUCAUACCUUUCCUGGUGAUCGUCUUCUGCUAUGGGAAGCUGCUGUGCGCCAUCAGACAAGUGAGCGGAAUCAACCCAUCGAUCAGCAGGAGACGUGAGCAGCGUGUGUUAUUCAUGGUGGUGGUCAUGGUGAUAUGUUACCUCUUGUGCUGGCUGCCCUACGGCAUCAUGGCCCUGAUGGCCACUUUCGGGCCCCCGGGCCUGGUUACGCCAGAGGCCAGCAUCAUCCCCUCAGUCCUGGCGAAGACGAGCACAGUCAUCAACCCAGUCAUCUACGUCUUCAUGAAUAAACAGUUUUACAGAUGUUGCCAAGCCCUGCUGCGAUGUGAGACCCCUCGACGCGGCUCCAGCAUGAAGAGCUCCUCCAAGGUCGCCACCAAGGUCAUGAGGGGUGUAGCAGUCAAUGGUCCCCCCCGACGCACCAACGACUUACUAUAUAUGGUAGCAUCCCUUGGACAGCCAGCCGCCACACCGCCCCAACUGGGCCCUCCCUUUGAACCCACAAACGACAUCACUAGAGCCUCUUCUUCAGGCAACAAACCUGCCGCAGUAUCACUAGUGGCCCACUUUGACGGCUGAUGAUUGUGGACUUUUUCAUAGUUAAAGCCAACAUAGUCAGCCAGGAAGUCAUCAAUAAUGAGAGGAGGGGAGGUGAGAUCAGCAACCUGCCAGUCCAGGUGGAUAUGACACAGCUGUUGCAUCAGCUCCGCCCUGGCUAGUAGAGAUGAUGGACAGUUAACAGACGGUAAUCUUAGACUGCCUCACAAUGAGGCUCUAUGUUUCUCUGCAGAGGAAGAAGUGCACAUAUGUCUCACUACGCAUAGGAAGUGAAGGAUGUUCCUGCCACCAUUUUUGGGGCCAGACUGCUGUGACAAUAGAAGAGCAAGAGGAGGAAUCAUUUGUUUUGUGCAAUUUCUAUUUUUCGGGAAGGUAUUCCGUCAUGUUAAAGUCAUAACAUGAAUGUGUUCCCAGUGCAGGACAAAGGGAUAAGAUGCAUUGAAACGUGACUUGUCGUAGAGUAGACAUGAUAAAGAAAUGCAUGAAAAUAAAGACAUGGCGGAGUGAUGAGAAUGUCCUAGUAAAAAUUUAAACCAUCAGUUAUUUACACUUUUAUCCCCCGAAAGUUUACUUGAUUUAUCACUUUGAAAUGGGUAAGGAGAUUGAAUUAAGUGGAUUAAUAAGUAGUUUGUUGAAAAUGUAGCAUUGCCAGCAGCAGUCGCAUUUUGUUCAGGGAUAGAGACUUUAAGGUCAAAGAAAUAGUUGCAUGUUGGAAGGUUGCUGUACAGUUCUUUUAAUAAAGAUUACCAGUGAUAUGCAAAUGAGGUCGGAGAAAUGCAAUAUCUGGUAAUGUUUCGUGGUCAGCCUGGAGACAAACACUUGGUGUAGUUAAAUAUCCUGAAAAUGUGUGCCUCUGUGACCUAAUUUCUUCCUGGUUUUCAAGUUGACAGUUUUUCAAAUGACUGCCCUCCCCAAAAAAAAAACACCUAGUGGAUGGUUACUAUAUAGAACCAAAAUUGUGUAGUAUGCAAGUGCUGAAGUUGGCUAAAUCCAAAGCGCAGGUCAUCCUUAAAAUAAUUGAGGUAACAGGCCCUUUAUUGAGACCAGGUGAUUUUCAAACAUCCUAAAAAUGAUCAGCAGUGCUUUGCUCAUGGGUACAUAUUCAGCAGGGCAUUGUUGAAAGAUUUCAGCCGCAACACAAAAUAUUUAAAUUGAUUUGGUUUUCAAAAGUCACUAAUGUUUUUAACAGCCUCUGAAUAACUGGCAUUGUCUCAGAAAAUGAAACAGCGGAAACAGAAAAAAUUCAUUUAUUUUCCCCAGGAAGCAACAAUAGACCUUAUCUGAGGCUAUAAAACUUGACAUAUGGUUUUUCUGUAUAUAUUGUUUGCAAAGUGCUUGUCUGCAUACAUUUUUUGGCAACUGAUUUUACACUUUCCGUCUCGCAAUACCAUGUAUCUGACAGCAGUGCAUCAGUGCUGUGUUGUAAGUGAAUGUGGUACCUUUCUCUACCGCAUACGAUAACCUUAAUUAAUUCACUUUUUAGCGCACAGACUGUUUGCGGUGGUCGAGAUAUUGUAUAGAUUAUUUUACACAUGUUGAUACCAAAGCUAAAGAA